AUGAUGAACCAAAAUUGUUGGGAGCAGUACUGUGAGGACUCCAAAUAUUACCCACCUAUUGAAGACACUUGUUCUGGAGAUUCCUUUUUUACUGCUUCUAAUAAUCCGAUUCUCUACUCUGAGCAGUCUUACAACGGGUACUACGUGGAAACUGAUUCUCCUUAUUUUUAUAACCUACAGGAUACCCCAAUCGAAUACUCCGUAAAAAUCUACGACAUGAAGCCGGAAAUCCCUUCAUACAAAUCUUUUGCUUUGGAAAGUCUGGUGGAGACAACCAAAUGCAAUAAAAUACGACGAAAUAAAAAGAAAUUUGAGAUGUUAAACGAAACCGAAAAACAGGAAUUCCGACGACACCAAAACAGACUGGCGGCCAAACGUUGCCGUCAGAAAAAAUUUGACAGAAUUGCUCAAUUAGAGGAACAAAUUAAGGCUGUGGACUAUCAAAUAUGUCAACUAGACGAACGAUUAAAGUCGGAAGAAUUCACUUCAGAACAUUUAUUGGGUGACUUGUAUUUGGUUUAUUCGAAUAAAAAGUAG